CGGUUUCCUACGGCCAUGGGAAGACAUUCAAGACAAUUCCACAAGCAUUCCUCAAUUCUGUUAUAGCUUUAUUUUUAAUCAAAGCAAUUCUUACGUCAUGUUCACCGUGAGAGGAAGCACGAUUUGAUCUAAACUUGUGAAUGUUGGACAUCGUCAACGCGUUGUGGGCAGUGAAAGUAAAACGUAUAUUUCUUGAACUUUUUCAUGGCUAAAUAGCAUGAAAGAUGGCGUCGAACUAUCGUUUAGAUUGUAAACCACUUGAUAUGCCAAAGAAUUGCACAGCUUGCGAAAGUUUUAAUUCGUACAUUAGUGGCGAUGACUUCUUGGCGUACAAGCGUUCGAAUGUCCUUGAAAGUCUCGCCAGAAAUGUUUUGAGAAAACUCGAAACUCAAGGUUAUUGUGUCGUCGAUAGAUUUCACAAAGAGGAGAAUGCCUUGAAGAUUCUCGAAGAAGUAAAACGUAUUCACAAAAGUGGGUCAAUGCAAAAAGGGCAAUUGUCGAAUUCUUUGACUUCUGAAAAUGAUCGAGGCGAUUUAAUUGCUUGGGUAAAAGGUAAAGAAGAGGGAAAGGAAAACAUUGGACUUCACAUAAGAAGAUGCGAUGCCUUGUUUCGUGAACUUAAUAAACUCAUGCCUGAUCGCAUUAUCGAAGGACGAACGCAGGGAAUGAUUUCUUGCUAUCCUGGUGGAGGAAGACGCUAUCGCAAGCAUGUGGAUAAUCCAAAUCAAGAUGGUCGUUUGAUUACGGCCUUAUAUUACCUUAACCAAAAUUAUGAUAACAUUGUGAGUGCUAAAAUCACUGUGGAUCAGGCUGUCCAAAAUAAGAUGUGGUUGAAGCCAAUUAGAGUGAAUGGUGGUGAACUACGGCUAUAUCCUCAUGGAAGCGAAGCAUAUGUUGACAUUGAACCAAUUUUUGAUCGUCUGUUUUUAUUUUGGUCUGAUAGGCGUAAUCCACACGAGGUUUUGCCAGUUCAUACGACCAGGUAUGCCAUCACCUUGUGGUAUUUUGAUAAAGAGGAGAGAUUGGCAGAGUAUCAACGUUUCAGGAGUAGAGUUUCAAUUAAGGAAAACGAAAUGUGAAUGUCAAAAUUUCAAGAAAGGAAAUGAAAACCAAUUGCAAUACUAAAAUUCAUGAAUUGUUUAUUGAUGUCUUUUAUAUUCCAUGAUCCAGACUGGAAAGUUUGUAAACUGUGCACCAGAAAUUCAAACUUUGUGGGCAUAAAGCUUCUUGUGCAUCCACUAUCUCUGGCAUGCACUACAAACUUUCCUGUCUGAUCAUCAUGUUUAUUGUUAAUCAUAAAAAUUGAUAAGUUGUAAAUAUGUAGAAAUUUCACAAGAUUUUAAAUUCAAGCGUUUGUAUGCUUGAUGCAUUUUAUUAAUUGUUUUUGUUUAGUGUAUUUGUUUGUCAUGUAUUUUUUUGUAGUCAUGCAUAUGUUUCCAAUCAGGUUUCACAAUACAACAUUUUCAUUUUCGUUCUA